ACGGUCUGGUUUUCUUGGUCCUCUCCCUCCUCCGUCUUCUCUGACUCUUACCUCCCUGCGACCGCAAUGCUGCCCUUGUCCCGCGUGCCGAUCUUUCGAAGACCUGGAAUCCUACGGCCAAGGUUCGCUCUCCCGUUCUCCGGCACCGCUAGAGCGGCCCACGGCGAGAAGGACAGCCGGCCUUCAAACCGCGAACUCGGGGCCUUGGUAGCCGGGAUCGUCGCCUUGGGUGGAUCGGGCCUCGGUCUGUGGUUCCUCCCCUCGCCGUCUUCUCCUCUCGAAUCCUCUGUUAUCUUUGCCGACGCUUCUGCCUCGGGGCAGCGCGAUCCGGAGCAGCAAUUCGUCUUCGGGGAUUCGAUUCAACAGAAGAAACCUAGAUACAUCUUCGGAGAUUCAUAUCGAAGAAGGGUGUUCUUUAAUUACGAGAAACGGAUUAGGAUGCAAAGUCCUCCUGAAAAGAUUUUUGAGUACUUUGCAUCUUUCCGGAGUCCUGGUGGGGAGAUGUUUAUGACACCAGCAGAUUUAAUGAGAGCAGUUGUUCCGGUAUUUCCCCCAUCUGAAUCAGAUAAGGUGAGGGAAGGAAAUCUAAGAGGAGAGCACCAUCCUGGCGAUUUACGUUGUGCACCAUCAGCUUUUUUUAUGCUCUUUGAUACGAAUAAUGAUGGGCUUAUAUCAUUCCCUGAGUAUAUCUUCUUUGUCACAUUGCUGAGCAUUCCGGAAUCAAGUUUCAGUGUGGCAUUUAAAAUGUUUGACAUUGACAAUAGUGGAGAGAUAGAAAUGGAUGAAUUUAAGAAAGUUAUGGCGCUAAUGCGAUCCUAUAAUAGGCAAGGAGCCAGUCAUAGGGAUGGACUACGUAUUGGUCUUAAAGUCGGCAAGUCUGUGGAAGAUGGGGGCCUUGUUGAAUACUUUUUUGGCAAAGAUGGCAAAGGACAUCUUCAACAUGAUAAGUUUGUUCAAUUUUUGAGAGACUUGCAUGAUGAGAUGGUGAACUUGGAGUUUGCUCAUUAUGACUAUAAAUCAAGAGGAACAAUUUCUGCCAAGGAUUUUGCAUUGUCUAUGGUUGCUUCUGCUGACAUUAGUAAUGUAAACAAGUUCCUUGAUCGUGCAGAUGAAUUGGACAGUCACCCACAUCUCAAAGAUGCACGUAUUACCUUAGAGGAAUUUAAAUCCUUUGCGGAGUUACGCAAAACUUUGCAACCACUGGCUCUGGCUAUCUUUAGCUAUGGAAGAGUUAAUGGUCUGUUGACAAAGCAGGAUUUUCAGCGAGCUGCAUCCCAUGUUUGUGGUAUCACCGUGAGUGACAAUGUGGUUGACAUUAUUUUCCAUGUAUUUGAUGCAAACCGUGAUGGAAAUUUAAGCUCAGAGGAGUUCCUAAGAGUUCUUCAAAGAUGGGAGUGCGAUAUUUGUCCACCAACUGCAAUGAAUAAAAGGGGGCUUUUUUCAUGUUGGUUAAGUUGUGUAAAAACUUCCUCUUUCACAAGCUUGUGCACACAUCCUAGAGGAUCUUGUUCUGGCUGACCUGGAGAUUUAGACUUAGGACAGUCUUGAAUCAUUUCAAGCUUUAAAUGGAUGUUCUACGAGAAACAGAGGUAGGUCAUGUAAGCUGAUUCCUUAUAAUGUGGCAGAUGGAAGCUAUGAUAGACUGAAGUCAUGGAAGUUGAAGUUAUCACACAAAGUUUUCUCAUGCUAACAUCUAUCAGCAUGGCUCAUUCUAAUUCAACCAAUAUCUUGUAAAUCACAAUAAACUUCUUGGGUCACACCAAUUACAUCAUGCAACGCCAGUACAAAAGAUAUUUUGUGUGACAGAGCAGCUCCAUAGCUUCAAGAGGUGGUGUGAAUUUUUCCUAUUUGUUUCUGGCACCUAUAGUUCCCUUUUUUCUGUAAAUCUUUGUUGCUGUUUCUAGAAUUGAACAUGUAUGAGUUUUUAAUAUUUACAUUACCUCAGGGCUGUAUUAUAUUUGUUCAACAAUGUUUUAUCAGCAAAUUUUUGAAGAUAUA